AUGCCACAUUCAAAUAACAAUUCCAAUUCUGAAAAAAUUCAAGUUAGUGCAUUGCCUCAAUCGAUAGAUGAAGGUCCUUCGCCUUUUGUGCAGCAAGAUGUUUCAAAAAAGAAGUUGGUUAUGGCAAAGGUCAAUUAUUUGGACGAUUCUCAAUUGAAUUUUCAUAUUCACAAAAAUGCUCUAGGCUCUGUUUUGUUAGACUUAGUGAUUGCACAAAUGGGUUUAAUGGAACGUGAUUAUUUUGGACUAACAUUUUAUGAUGACCAAAAAUUACAGCAUUGGCUAUAUCCUGACAAAAAAAUUAAAAAACAAUUAAAAGGUGUUCAAUUAGAAUUCUUUUUCAAAGUAAAAUUUUAUCCUCCUAACCCUACACAACUUUUGGAAGACUUUUCUCGUCAUUUGCUUUAUUUACAACUUCGAAAGGAUGUUUAUAGUGAACGUUUGCCAGUCUCAUUCGCCGCCCAAGCAAGUUUGGGAUCAUUAGUUGCACAGGCAGAACUUGGUGACUAUCAACCUUCUGAAAAUUAUGCACAACUUCUUAGUAGUGUCAAAAUAGCUCAAUUAACUUCUGAACAAGAGCAAUUUUGUAAUAAAGUUGGAGAUUUACAUAAAUUACAUAGAGGACUUACUCGAACAGAAGCAGAAUUGGCAUAUUUAAAUGAAUGCAAGUCUUUGGCUAUGUAUGGAAUUCAUUUAUAUCCAGCAAAAGACAGUAAAAACAAGCCUGUUCAAAUUGGUAUUUCUUCUGUUGGAAUAAGCAUUUUUAACGACCAAAUGCGUGUACAUCGUUUUUCUUGGGCUGGAAUAAUUAAAAUUGAAUAUCGUAAAAAUAAAUUUGGAAUUAGAUUGAAGCCUGGAGAGUUGGAUCAGUCACAAAAGAAGUCAACAACCGUGUCUUAUGCUCUAGUUGACUAUAAACAUGCUAAAUUGGUUUGGAGAUGUGGAGUUGAACACCAUGUUUUCUUUAGACUUGUUCAACCAGAAACUAAACACAAAAAUUCUUUUCUGAGUUUUGGUUCUGCACGUUUUCGUUAUACUGGUCGAACAAAUAUUCAAUCACAAAUGGUCUCACAAUUAUUUGAAACAAAUGCUCCAACAUCUGCUUCCCUUUCUAAAUCAAAAUCUGCAGAAAUGUUUAACUCCACAAAAACAACUUGCCCAUGUACAACCACUGGCUACUAGUACUGCUCGGAGC